AUGAGUGGAGAUCGACAAGUAGAGGUAAUAAUACCGCCAUGUAAUGUGACUCGUGUACUUAUUGCGUAUGCGGAUACAUACUUCGGUAAACGUCUUUUUCAACACUUUCAAGAUAUCACUUCUACCAACAGUACAAGUAAGAACAAUACCAACAACAAUAACAACAACGGUAAUGAUGUUAAAAGAAGUGAUCAACAUUACAAAAUAUUCGCAUGUAUGUGGGAAAAGGACAGUGUACAAAAAACUACUGAAUCCCAGGAGGUGUUGAUAGAAACAGAAGCUCCGACAGAACUAGCAGUCGCAGGAGACUCAGAUACCACUAAUACUACUAUUCAUAUUGCUAAUGUUACCACUUCGACGAGAAUUGGUUUCACUGAUGUUAGAGAUGAGAAUCGUAAUAAUCAUACAACAUCCUUUUGGCGUGGAGAUGCUGUGUCAAUGCAAUUUGCUUUAAUGGAUGCUGAUUAUAUUGUGAUGGAACUUCGUCAAGCACAGGAUGUUUUUGAUAUGAUGCAGGUUCUCACUACAAAAGAUCUGCUCAGCAAGAAGCAUGUUAUUCUUGUUUCCUCACUCUUAACUUGGUUUGCCACACCUCCGCUACAGUCUGAAUCCCCAGAGGAUGGUAACAACAAUGAUGAUAACAAUCCAAAUCUUCUUGAAGAGGAUGAAGAGGGAGAGGUGGCAAUGGUAGAGGAACAGGAGGAAGAACUCCAACCAAUUAGCAAUCGAGAAUUAGAUGAACUACUUGGACCUGUUUAUACAGAUGAUUACAUUGGCAACAUUGGCAAUACUGAUGAAGAUGGUAAUAAAAUGUAUGAUGAUGAAGAAGAAAAUGAUAAAAAUGUUGAAACAAUGGAAAUCUUUACUGAAGAUCAGUAUAAUCGUCGAAUACCACAUGCAAAAUAUUAUAACUGGCGUGAAGCAGAACGUGCUGUGGCUGCUGCUCAUAAUGAAGAACGGCAUCUUCACACUUCUGUAAUUUUUUCAGGAUUACAGUAUGGUGAAGGUGAAGACGUACUUGCACCAUUCUUCGCGCAGGUGUGGAACCGUGAUGAGAUGGGUUUACCAGUGUAUGGAGAUGGAACACAAAUUGUACCAACAAUACACGUUCGAGAUCUCGUAACGUUCACAUGGAGAUUACUGGAAAGAACGGUAUCUACAGAAGAAAUGUCAUCCCCCGCAUCACGUUAUUUAUUUGCUGUAGAUAAUGGAACUGUCAGUUGGGGUCGUAUGGUGCAGGCAAUGAAUUAUGCAUUUGGUGGUGAAAAGACAUUUUUGGUACCACCUGAAGAUUUUGUAUUGUACAACAAUGUAGAGUUUUUUACAAUGAAUCUACGUGCUGAUAAUCAGACAAUGCGGGAUUUAAUGCCAGCUGAAGAGGAUUGGGUUGCGCAAUCUGGAUUUGUGCGGAAUAUGGAAAAGGUGGCGUUUGAAUAUGUGAACGCACAUAACCUACAACCAGUACGCAUAACUAUUAUUGGACCACCUCUCUCUGGUAAGACCUGUGCCGCAGAAGAUUUGGCACAAAGACAUUACAGUUUACCAACUUUCACAAUAGAGAAAGUAAUUGAAGAGUAUAAAGGGCAUAUUGCUGAACUAAAAGAACGUCUUGAUAAGUUUAAACGUCAUUUAUUUAACCGUGAAAAGUUACGACGAGAAGAGGCUAAAAAACGUGCUUUUUUGCGACCUCGAAAGAAGGAAGAAACAGAUGAUGAAAUGGAAGUAAAAGAAGAAGACGAGGAAGAAGAAAAGCAUAUUGCUGGUGAUGAAGCUGAAAUGGAGUCGCCGAUGCAUCCCUCUAAUGCUUCAAUAGGUCUAAAUAACUCAAAUAGUGGCAAAAAGAAUCAUCAUGCUUCUGAUAACGAUGAUAUAGAGGACAAACUUGUGGAUUUUACAUUAACAGAAGCAGAGGCACAAGCCGUUGAAACUCUUGUAGAUGAAUGGUAUAGUCAGAAUGAACGUGUGACUCGUCUGCAAGAGACCAUUUCAGCAAUGGAGCGUGUACUUUUAAUGAAGUUGCGAAUACAACCAACCUUAACUGCUGAGGCCCUCAAUAUGAGUAAUCCGAAGAAGCGAAAGGAACAACAAGGCAAAUCUAAACGAUCUAGCAAGUCACCUGGUAAAAAGGGAACCGUUGAUGAAGAAGAACCUUCAGUGGAACAACAGGAGAAUGCACCUUUUCAAGAUAAGGCACUUGCACUCAUGAUGCGUUGGCGUCUCACUCGUGCAGAUUGUCGUAAUCAAGGAUAUGUACUUGAUGGUUUUCCAAAAACGGUUGCCCAAGCACGUCUUGUAUUUGGAGAUAUGCCACUUGAAGUGCCUGAUAAUAUAGAAGAGACGAUGCCUUCCGCAUCCACAGGGGCACCUCCUGGAGCAACAGGAGCAGGAUUAAUUUCUAUUUCUGAUGGAAAUACGGCACCCCCCACAUCAGAGCCCUGUGAUGAGGCACGAUUACCUUCAUUUGUUUUUGUGUUUAAUGCGGCUGAAAAUUAUUUACGUGAUAGACUUACUGCAGUAUCGAGGACGUUAGAAGGACCUCCAGGAACUGAAGAAAAACGUCUCGCAAGGUUUGAAGAGGCGUUGACGAUAUAUCACAAACAGUUUGUAGAUACAGAUUACUCCCUACCAAACUUUUUUGAAUGUGCUUGUACAGUGGCUAAGACCCUUACCCCAGGUGGUCGUAAACCAAAAGUUAUUACUAUGAAUGUGGAUAAGGAACCACUCAUGCUCCCACCACCACCACCGUCAGUCUUUGCUGUUGUACCACCCACUAAAGUGGUGAAGGCACUGUGUGAAUAUGUGGGCGCUCCACACAAUUUUGGUCCCACACCAAAACAGAAGUUUGAGGAGGAAACACGGGAAUGUAAACUGGUGGCGGAGGAGUGUGAGAAGGAACGUCAACAACGCAUGGCGCAGCAGGAACGUGAGCGGCAGGAAUAUGAACGCGAGAGUGAACAACAGCAAGAAGUGGAGAAGGCACGUCAGGCUGUGGAAGAGCAAGAUCGUGCUUCACUGGAAGAACGCAAGAUGCCGCUGCGACUCUACCUGCAGCAAAAUAUAUUACCACUAUUAAGUAAAGGUUUGGUAGAAGUGUGUCGUCAGCGUCCUGGCGAUCCGGUGGACUUUCUUGCCGAAUGGCUUGUGCGACACAAUCCAUUAGAUGAUUCCUGUUUCGACUUAUAA